AACAUGAAUGCUUCGAAUUUAAUCGAAUCUAGGUAUCACUUUGCAGCGUAGAAUGAAGACAGAAAUGCGUGAAUUUUAGACCUUGCAUCAAAGUCUUAAACAUGAUGGAACGGUCGACAUGAUCGAACCUUGGACAUGGUUAGCCGGGAUCCUUGACUUCCUCGUUUGCUCCAGAUUCCAAAGGUGGUGUGAAAAACGAUUUGUGAACAAGAUCACAUUCAUUUUGUUUUUGUUCUAUGGCGGAAUUGGCGGCGAUGUUUCAAGAUAGCCACAGUGUGUGCACGACUGCGAGCAUCCUCUGAUGUGAAGAUAGAGACUAUCUGGUAUCUAUAUAAAGUGUUUGGGGGUAGACAUGUUUUGGAAUAUUCCCAAAACAGUUUUGGAUGUUUGGAUAUCCUACCAAACUUGCAAGUGGUACUGAAUCUUGGGUGUCAGCAACAACGCAACAAGAACCUACACUCUCACUGCCAAGCUGUGGUUACAGACAACUUAUGUGGGUUGUAAACAAUACUGUGCGAUGGGCUCCUUGCGUCUCCAUUACAUUGCAGUCCUACUAGUGAUCUUUUGUGGUGCAGUUACUGCAACAAAGAGAGCACAAACUCGAAGUUGCACAAUCGGCAAGUAUAACAGGAUCUUUGUAAUUGGGGACUCUUUCGUAGACAAUGGUAAUCGAGACCCCGACAACAGUACUUAUACCGCAAUUGGGUCGGUAAACCAAUCUUGGCAACCACCUUUCGGUCGAACCCGUCCUGGAAAGCCUGCCGGACGAUUCAGUGAUGGCAAAGUGCUUUCUGAUUUUCUCGCUGACUAUAUGGGGCUCAAACCGGUCCCCUAUCGCUCUCGUGAAGAUCCUCCUCCCUCAACCCGGUUAAAAGACGGUAUAAAUUUCGCAGUAGGAGGUGCAGGAGUAUUCCCCAAUGAGGGAUUCACAAAGACUGGAGAUCAGAUUAGGCAACUCAAGGCGGUCAUGACCAGGAGCAUUUACAGAAACCGUUAUGACGAAUCGCUAGUGUUUUACACUAUUUCUGGCAACGACUACGCUGCAUACGUGAGGAAUGGAGGCAGUUUGGAUCCAGUAUCGAUAUCCACGUUCGUCACGUCCGUAGUGGGUCAGGCUACGAAGGACUUGAGAGCGCUGUAUGACCUGGGGUUCCGAAGCUUUGUCGUUUCUAAACUGAGUCCUCUGGGUUGUGGUCCAGCAUCCACAGCGGCGAAUGGUUUCAAGGAAUGCCAAAUCGAAAUCAAUGCUCUUUCCAGAUUACAUAAUGUCCAGCUAGCUCUGUCUCUGACAACCGCCUUGCCAUUUGAUGCGAAUGUUCUGUAUCUAGACAACCAGUUAGCCUUCGAAGCCAUCAUCUUCAAACCGUUCGAUAACGCUCGUCUGGAUCCAUGCUGCUCUGGAUUACAGUUCGGAAGACUCUGCGGCGAUGUGGACGGGCAAGGCAACAAGCAAUACUCAUUGUGCAAUCUCAGCUCCCAGGCAGACUUCUUCUGGUGGGACGAAUUCCACCCUACAGAGACUGCAUGGUCCUCCAUUUUCAAUCUCUUCACCAAUGGAGUUGUAUACACAAGUGGGAGGAGCCUUCGUCGAUUUUUGGGUUGCAGCUGAUGACGUUUCAGUUCCAGUCAAUAAAACCAUCUGCAAAGGACUUGGUAGAAUUGUGUCGGACACAAAGUGUGGUUUGUGAUCAUUCAAAGUCUUUUGUGACCUGCUAAUAAACAAUUGCUAAAUAUAAAAUUUGUGACCUGCCUAAUGUCAUAAA